CUCACCUGGCAUAACGGGCGGUAACCAUGAUCAAUACGAGGAAGAUUUUGUUGAUACUCUACUACGACUGCAAGCUGAUGGCGGACUAGAAGUUCCAUUUACAGAUGACAACAUUAAAGCCAUUAUGUUUGACAUAUUUGGGGCAGGUUCUGACACGGCCUCGGUGACAGUAGAAUGGGCAAUGUCUGAAUUACUCAAGAACCCAGGGAUUAUGAAGAAGGCCCAAGCUGAAGUCAGACAUGUGCUAAACAAAAACAAGAAGGUCGAUGAAAGGGAGUUGCAUCAACUAAGUUACCUAAAACAAGUUGUAUAUGAAACUCUAAGGCUACAUCCUCCUAAUCCAUUCUUGUUACCAAGACAAACCAGAGAGAGAUGUGAUAUCAAUGGGUAUGAGAUACCGGCGAAAACCAAAGUCACAAUCAAUUAUGUGGCGAUAGGAAGAGACCCAGAAUACUGGAGCGACGCCGAGAUUUUCAACCCCGAGAGGUUUGAGGACUCGUCAAUUUCAUAUAAACGAACAAGCUUUGAGUAUAUUCCAUUUGGUGCAGGAAGGAGGAUGUGUCCGGGCAUGGGAUUUGGUAUGACCAUGGUCGAGCUUAUGCUUUCCCAAUUAUUGUACCAUUUCGAUUGGAAACUCGCUAAUGGAGUGAAGCCACAAGAAUUAGACAUGUCAGAAUCUUUUGGUUUGACUCUUAAGAGAAAGAACGGUUUACAUGUAAUUCCUGUUGCUUACUCAGCUCAGCAAUUUAGCUAA